AUGGCUUUGCAUGGCCAUAUGCCAUAUAAGCUCAAUCUCGAUUACGAUGUCACUUCCGAGAAUGUUCUAAGGACACCACCAACGCGCAAACGAAAGAACCAUUUGCAAAUGGUAUUCAGCGACGAAAACGCAGAACUGAACAAGACCGGUGGGGUUGAGGAAAAGCCAAUGUUCAUCGCGCACUAUGUCAAAAUCGUUACUGAUGGAUGUGAUAAGCCGAGACUGCGCGGCUCAAAAACUCCGAUUGAGGUCAAUUAUGCAGCGACUGAGAUAUCAAUGGCUCCCAGUGAGAGUGCCUAUAAGCCCUUGCCGUUUAGGGAAAUGACUAUCGCUGAGGAGGUAAAAUAG